AUGACCUACCAACCUGCUAUUAUGAGCGUCUCCUUGGGACGAGCUUGGCUCCAUGAUUUUGACUACAAGAUGUGUCAAGCUUCAAAAGCAGGUUUCAAAGGAAUAGAAAUAUUCUACGAAGACCUUGAUUAUUUCGCACGAGAGAUUUCCAAAAAUAACACACCGACGUCCGAUCAACUGCUCCAAGCAGCAGAUAAUAUUCAGUCAAUCUGCCAAGCCCACACCCUUAAUAUCAUCUCGCUGCAGCCGUUCCUCUUCUACGAGGGGCUCAAAGACCGCGAGCAGCAUGCAAAGCUUAUUGAAAAGAUGAGACUUUGGCUCCUGCUUGCUAAGCGCUUAAAGACCAACACCAUUCAAAUCCCCGCGAAUUUCCUCCCCGCAGACCAACUCACCGACGACAUUGAUGUUCUAGUUGCCGACCUGAGGCAACUGGCGGAUAUGGGUGCAACGGAAACUCCCCCUGUACGCUAUGCGUAUGAAAACCUCUGCUGGAGUACGAUUAAUGACACCUGGGAGAAAGUCUGGGAUAUCGUCAAGCGAGUUGAUCGACCUAAUUACGGCAUCUGUCUUGACACCUUCAACAUCGCGGGAAGGGUGUGGGCUGACCCCGCCUCACCGACUGGCAAGACAGUCAACGCGGAUUCUGAUUUGAAGGGGUCGCUUCAGCGGAUGAUGGUUGAGAUUGAUGUCGCAAAGGUCUUUUAUCUUCAGGUUGUGGAUGCAGAAAGGAUGGAAUCACCACUUGUUCCUGGUCAUCCUUUCCACGUGGAAGGCCAGCCGGCGCGAAUGAGCUGGUCGCGAAAUGCGAGAGCUUACAUGUAUGAGGAGGACCGCGGAGUAUACCUGCCAGUGGAGGAUAUUGCAAAAACCAUUAUAUCGGGAUUGGGAUACAAAGGAUGGGUCUCGAUGGAGUUGUUUUCCAGAACGAUGGCUGAAGAGGGUCAAAAUGUACCCGAUCAGCAUGCGCAGAGGGGUAUCGCAUCUUGGAAGAAGCUACAGCAGAAGCUUGGGCUCCAUUAA